AAAUUUUCACCUAACCCCCUGAAAUUGAGAAAGGAGGCAACCAACCAAAUCGUGGGGGCUUCGAAGCUAAUUUCGAUUUCAAGGACGAGAUCCAUCAAUUUCCAUCUCCAUCCACUGCUAAUCGUUUGCAGGAAGGGAAAUGGUGGAUGUUCAGUUAGGUGGUCACACUCUGCAAUCCCAUGGAUUCAAGGUGGCAAGGAUUCACAUGCAUGACUGGAUUAUUCUUGUACUUCUUGGAGUCAUAGAAAUUAUAUUAAACGUAAUUGAGCCUUUUCACCGGUUUGUGGGAAAAGAUAUGAUGACCGAUCUCAGAUACCCCCUAAAAGGCAAUACCGUGCCAUUUUGGGCUGUUCCGUUGAUUGGAAUUGUUUUGCCUUUUGCAAUCAUUUCGGCUAUCUACUACAAAAGGCGAGAUGUGUAUGAUUUCCAUAAUGCCAUAUUGGGUCUUUUGUAUUCAGUGCUUAUCACUGGGGUUCUAACAGAUGCAAUUAAGGACGCUGUUGGUCGUCCACGGCCGGAUUUCUUCUGGCGCUGUUUUCCUGAUGGACGAGAUGUUUACGACCCAGUCACAACUGAUGUUAUAUGUCAUGGGGAGAAGUCGGUUAUCAGGGAAGGGCAUAAGAGUUUUCCAAGUGGUCAUUCUUCAUGGUCCUUCGCUGGUCUAGGUUUUCUAGCUUGGUACCUAUCUGGUAAAAUCAAGGCUUUUGAUCGCAAGGGUCAUAUUGCAAAACUUUGCAUCGUGUUUCUUCCUCUUCUUUGUGCAUCCCUUGUGGCAGUAUCUCGAGUCGAUGAUUAUUGGCAUCAUUGGCAAGAUGUAUUUGUUGGCGGUUUUCUGGGUCUGGUAAUCGCAUCGUUUUGUUAUCUGCAAUUCUUUCCACCUCCUUAUAGUGCAGAUGGUUGGGGACCUCACGCGUAUUUCCAAAUGUUGAGAGAUUCGCAGAAUAAUGAGCGGAUGAAUAACGCGAACCCUCAUAAUUCAAGGCAAACAGAGAUGGAAACAGCCCAUAUUUCAUCACCACAUCUUGCAAUCACCAUGGGAGACUGAAGCAAGUUUCUGAGGGCAAAAUGCAAUAACAAUCUUGUAUAUGACUUUGCCGGGCUAUCUUGUACCAUACCCUUGCCUUUUCCAUCCUCUGAUAAAACUAGUGUGGAAUUGCUUGCACUUUUGUAAAUAAGUGUUGUGACCCAUUGAUCAGUGUGUUGUUUCUCUUGUCAUGUAGUAAUUUUCUGCUAUGUUGCUACUUAUUUUCAGUUAUCUAAUCAGAUGGUAAUUGUAAUUA